GUUUUACCGAUGUGAAGUGAGUUCAGCAGAUGGCAGUAUCUGUCAGACCUCAACAAUGACACUCGCAACAUUGUAACACUGAAACAUUCGAACGCUGUUUGUCCGCGCGGUUACAAUGUAUCGAAGCCGACAGAUGAAACAGAAACACGGACGAGGACUCAACCUGCGAUGGCUCUGGCUUUCUCUCUAACGUCUCUUGAGGAGCUUCACUCGCUCGAUACUCGAACCGACAGCUAAUACUGUACGGUUGUGUGUGUGUUACUCGGGGCUCAUGGCGGAGUUUGUCGCUGAGAACUGCGGGGUCUCAUCGCCGAGUGGUGGCGGGAAACCAACCCAGCCUUGCGAUGAGGAGCCCGGCAGAGCUGCGAGCGAGGUGUCGGUCUCCAACGGGGACUGUGGACCGUGUGCACCCGAGAACCAGGCGCUCGACACGGCCAACGGCAAAACUGGAAUACCACGGAAGACCAGUAUUAUCAAGGAUGGUUCCAGGCGGUGCAAGGAAAGGAAAAAGACGGUGUCGUUCAGCAGCAUGCCAACAGAGAAGAAGAUCAGCAGUGCGAGCGACUGCAUUAACUCUAUGGUGGACGGGUCCGAACUGAGGAAGGUGCGCUCCAACUCGAGAGUCUACUACCGAUACUUUCUCCUAGACGCCGACAUGCAGUCUCUGCGGUGGGAGCCGUCCAAAAAAGAGUCCGACAAGGCGAAGAUUGACAUAAAAUCAAUUAAAGAGGUGCGAACCGGUAAGAACACAGACACCUUCAGGGCCAACGGGAUCUCGGAUCAGAUUUCCGAGGACUGCGCGUUCUCCAUCAUCUACGGGGAGAACUACGAAUCGCUUGACUUAGUGGCAAAUUCAGCCGACGUAGCAAAUAUAUGGGUGACUGGACUCAGGUACUUAAUAUCGUAUGGAAAACACACUCUUAAUAUGAUUCAGAGCUGUCAGGACAACAUGCGUGCGUCCUGGCUGGGUGACCUCUUCGACGAAGCGGACAUCAUCGGGGGGAAAUGCAUUAGUCUUUGCUCAGCCGUACAGCUGAUCAAGAACUUAAGUCCCGGAGUGAAAAAUGUCAAGAUAGAGCUGAAGUUCAAAGAGUUGCACAAAGCGAGGGACAAAACCGGUUCUGACGUGACCAAGGAGGAGUUCAUCGAAGUCUUUCACGACCUUUGCACGAGACCGGAAAUUUAUUUUUUGCUGGUGCAGUUCUCAAGCAACAAGGAAUUCCUUGACACCAAGGACCUGAUGAUCUUUUUAGAGGCAGAGCAAGGCAUGGCGAAGGUGAGCGAAGACAUCAGUGUGGAAGUUAUUCAGAAGUAUGAACCCUCGAAGGAAGGGCAACUUAAGGGAUGGCUCUCCCUGGAUGGAUUUACCAAUUACCUCAUGUCUGGGGAAUGCCACAUCUUUGAUCCAGAGCAGAAAACAGUGUGCCAAGACAUGAACCAACCCCUUUCCCACUAUUACAUAAACUCCUCUCACAACACGUACCUGAUUGAGGACCAGUUCAAGGGUCCCUCGGACAUUACCGGCUACAUCCGUGCCCUAAAGAUGGGCUGCAGGAGUGUGGAACUUGAUGUGUGGGACGGCCCCGAUAACGAACCGCUCAUUUACACGGGCCACACGAUGACCUCACAGAUUGUCUUUCGCAGCGUCAUCGACAUCAUCAGCAAGUAUGCAUUCGUGGCCUCGGAAUUUCCCCUGAUCCUGUGCUUGGAGAACCACUGUUCCCUGAAGCAGCAGAAGGUAAUGUUCCAGCACCUGAAGAAAAUACUCGGAGACCGAAUUCACUCGGAUCCUCCUAACCUGGACGACAGCUACCUUCCGUCCCCCUCGGACUUAAAGGGAAAGAUUCUUCUGAAAGGAAAGAAACUGCCGAGCAACUGCACCGGCUCCGAAGGCGAGGUGACGGAUGAGGACGAGGGUGCCGAGAUGUCUCAACGGCUGAACAACGAGGGGAGUGAACAGCGGACGGUCGUUCAACCCAAAAACUUCCAGCUUUCCAAGGAUCUCUCUGAAAUGGUAACCUUAUGCAAGUCUGUUAGUUUUAAGGACUUCCAGACUGCUUUCCAGAACCAGAAGCACUGGGAGCUCUGCUCCUUCAAUGAGGUCUUUGCCAGUCGUUGUGCCACUGACCACCCUGGUGACUUCGUUAACUACAACAAGAAGUUCCUAGCGAGGGUUUACCCUAGCCCAAUGCGAAUCGAUUCCAGCAACAUGAACCCGCAGGACUUUUGGAAAUGCGGCUGUCAAAUAGUAGCAAUGAACUAUCAAACGCCAGGUCUCAUGAUGGACCUCAACAUCGGCUGGUUUAGACAAAACGGCAACUGUGGUUACGUUCUACGCCCGGCUAUCAUGAGGGAGCAGGUGUCUUAUUUCAGUGCCAAUACGAAAGACUCAGUCCCGGGAGUGUCUCCACAGCUCCUUCACAUAAAGAUCAUUAGCGGACAAAAUUUCCCCAAACCCAAGGGUUCAGGCGCCAAGGGCGAUGUGGUCGAUCCCUACGUUUACGUUGAGAUCCAUGGCAUCCCUGCGGAUUGUGCAGAGCAAAGGACUAAAACGGUCCAUCAGAAUGGCGAUAACCCAAUCUUUGAUGAGAGUUUCGAGUUUCAGAUCAACCUUCCGGAACUGGCAAUGGUGCGCUUUGUCGUUCUGGAUGACGACUACAUUGGGGACGAGUUUAUCGGUCAGUACACGAUCCCGUUUGAAUGCAUUCAGCCUGGCUUCCGCCACAUUCCCCUCCAGUCUCUGACGGGUGAAGUCCUUCCACACGCCUGGCUCUUCGUCCACGUGGCCAUUACGAACCGCCGGGGUGGGGGUAAGCCUCACAAAAGGGGGCUUUCAGUCCGCAAGAGUAAGCGGGGUCGGGAAUACGCCAGUAUGAGGAUACUUCUCAUCAAGGCUGUAGAUGAAGUCUUUAAAUCUGCUGCACAGCCACUAAAGGAGGCCACUGAUCUCAGAGAGAACAUGCAG